CCAAAGCACAUGAUUGUGGAUGACUUCUGCAUCUCAUCUCUAAAUGCUCCUACGAAGUCGCUGCGGCGAUAUCCUCUCUACAUCUACCUUCCAACCUUCUUGACCAUGGCCGAUACAUUGUGCGGGCCGUCAAACGCCCUUCAGAAUUUUCAGAAGCACACUCAGGUCGACCGAACGCUACAGCAGGACAGAUUGAGAUUGCGGCAAGGCCCUUCGCAGGGCUUUAGAUCGAGUCCUGGACCAAAUGUUGGCAUACUUGACCCAGAAUUCGAAGCUUUCCAGGCUGGUCAUGUAGCCUCUCCUACUGCUGAGUUCGAUUCCAGGCCAUUUGUCCAUCAGAACAUGUCGCAUUUCGCUCCCGCACCCGCACAAACUGCGCUACCCGACUGGGCGACUGAUUUUCAGCGUCUACAUAUUGGCCCCGCACACGCCACUUCUUCACAUCAGAGUCCUGCCCCAGCGGUGCAGAGAGCGCCAGCAGCCACACAAACGUCAUGGCAUCAAGAUUUUAUGCAAAGCCAGCAACCGGUAAUAAACGGUUUCCGCCAGCCACAGCCUAUCUUCCGACCCUACUCUGAUGUCUCAUGGGAGUAUCGCCAGCAAGAGCCGUUCUCGACAGUCUCUGAAGGUAAACAGAAGGCGGUGGGACAACAAGACAUGCAAUGGGAUGCCGAGGCAUUCGCUGCAGCUUUCGAAGCCGCAACCCAAGACGCAGCCUACGCAGAGGCCCAGUACGAUGACGGUCUCAGCGAGGAGGCACUGGCGCGAGAGAUUGCGAGGGAGAUCGAAAUGGAAAGCGAGGAGAUUGAAUUCUUAAUACAACGUAAGACGGAGGAGGAAAUGGCCCAGCGGAUGGAGCGUCAAGAGACGAAUCAUCUUACUGGCCUAGAUCUGUCGCAAGACUUUGUAGACGUUGAUGAAGAAUUUGCACAAGCGGAGAACCUAUCAGCUGACGCGCACCUGGACGAAAAUCUCCAUGACGAUAUUGGCAUUCACGAGCCAAUACAUGAGGGGCCACGAGAAGCGCAGGCAGAUACCCAAGAGUCAAACACGCCGAGAUCCGUAGACGAGGAAUUGGCGCGAACAGCGGGACGCUUACUGGAAAGUGUCUCGCAUGAUACUUCUGAGAAGUUUCAGUCGAGCGUAUUCCUGCAGCUGAUGCGCCGAUUGAGGGACAGGGAGGUCACCGUAGAGGGCGAAAACUUUGUCGAGGUCAGUGAAGAUCCUCUGCUGUCGAUAUCAGAUCCACCAGAACAAGGUGUAAACUAGUGCACUCCACGAAAAGGCUAGGCUUGAUUCAUGCAUCAGGCGCCAACAAGCCACGAGCAUCCAGAAGAUCUCGCAAUUCUUGUCGAAAGCCACGCACGACAAUUCCUCUUCUGGUAGUGGCUUGUGUAUAUUGUGGAGAAGACGGCGGUUGCUUACAUGCGAAAGUGUAUUCCACAAUCGAUUUAGCUUCUUACAGUAGUUCUCUUCUUGUCGCGUCCAACGCAAGGGUCUUUCUGGUUCUGUUUUGGAGUUGUAUAUCCGACAGCCAGGAAACUUGCGGGGCAAGGGUCUAGAGUUCCCAAACAAGGCUGACAGUUUUCGGACAGACGGGUACCACCGGACCAUCACCACCGGCAGACCUCGGUGAUUCUGUUCCGAGUGCACAACAUCAGCAUUCGACGCCAGUACGUAUCCCGGAGGACGAGCAAGACUCGGACCUAUGGAGAUUUGGAGAUGACGCGGUGGAGGGAAGCGUCGCGGAACCAGAUGGUAAGUUGCGAUCGCACUUUCCUCAAGACAAAGUCAACCGACAAUACGGAGUACGUUCAAUCUAUUCUCACACGGGUUGGUCUGCUCCCGGAAAUGUGAGAAAGGUUCACGUCGUGACCUAAGAGAGAAAGACUUGAGGCGACGGCAAGCAAGUCAGAUUUGAUCAACGGAAACCUGACAUGUCUUUCUGCUCGUUGCAGUGUUCCUCUUCCAUUCCUGAACGUUUCGACUGUCGCUUGUCGCAAGUCCACGCGGGAUCGAAGAGAGCUUGGUCUUGGUCAUGUUUCGUAGGAAGAGAAAGCAGAAGAAGAAAGAAAUAUAUGCUAAGACUUGGUGCGCGUGAACAGCAGUGCCGGAACGGCCGCUAACUCCAGAAUUCGACCCGCCGGCGCCACCAUUCGAGGCCUGGCGAAAGCGACUCUGGAGCGGCAUGACAUGAGCUCCAUCUCCCACUAGGUAGACGGCGUGUAAACCUGACGCGCAUGCAAAGCCCCCAACCACGAGGCUAUGUCAUGUCUAGUAGGUUGCUAGUCGCGAGGCAGCGGACGAUGGAAGCUACGAUUCAUUAAGAGACACCAGACGCCACAGGUCUUGGGCCUAGGCCGCGACGUCGCGUGCUCACGAUUCUGGACCCGGUUCAUACAUGCACGACUUCCUUUCUGCGCUUUUUCCCGUGGGGUCGUUUGCGAUUGCUACGCUUCAUGUUCUAGAGACUGUACUAGGGGCUGAUUGUGAGCGCUCGGCUGUACAGACCCGCGACAUCGACCGCCACGACCGAGAGCGAGGACGAAACCGGGGCCAUCGUACGCGGCCGGAUGCUUCUUUCGAAGAGACGGUCAGUUUGUCUAGCUAUGAUACCAUUAGACCGGAGGUUUGUACUAAUUGCAGUGACUACUAAUGAUGAAUAUAUAUAUGUGUGUGUGUGCUUGUGUGUGUUGGUUAUAGAGUGCUGCUUAGCUGUAAGAAUAUUAAACCACAUGCCUUGGGAAGGCUUUUAUAUGCUAGUAAUGAACGUCGCCGUCAGUGAUGGAACUGCAUUUCUAUUUCUAACAGGGAAGCACCCUCUUCCUGCGAACGUCCAUAUGCAUACUUGCCUUGCGUUUUGAUUGAGUGGGGCACAACCCGCAGAGACAAUGGGCAGC